AGCAACAACUAUCAUCUUCUAGACUCGUCUUCCACUCUUACAAAAACCCACUCUCCCCCUCCCUCCUUUCUCACAAUUUCCCAAUUGAAAUCAUCAAUUCUCACUCUUUCAAAGCAUUCCAAUUCUCAAAUUCCCAAACAAAUCUUUUUUAAUCAGUAAGAAAACAGCAAGAGAAACUCCCUGUUUUAACAUUUCAACUCAGAGUCUCACCAAUCUUCAUAUCGACUUUGAUCAUUUAUAGGAUUUAUAAUUUUUACAAAGUUUAAACAACAAUGAAUCCCGACAAGUUUACCCACAAGACAAACGAGGUUCUUGCCUCUGCUCAUGAGCUAGCAAUGAGCAACGGCCACGCUCAAUUCACCCCUCUCCACCUUGCCGUCUCUUUAAUCUCCGAUCCCAGUGGCGUUUUCCCUCAAUCCAUCUCCAAUGCCGGCGGUGAAAGCGCCGCUCAAGCCGCCGAGAGGGUGUUCAAUCAGGCGUUGAAGAAGCUACCGUCACAGUCGCCUGCUCCGGAUGAAAUCCCAGCGAGUACUUCACUUAUUAAGGUAAUCCGUCGAGCCCAGGCGGCACAGAAAGCCAACGGAGACUCUUAUUUGGCUGUUGAUCAGUUGAUUAUUGGCCUCAUCGAAGAUUCCCAUAUAGCUGAUUUGAUAAAGGAAACCGGUGUUGCUCCCGCCAGAGUGAAAUCCGAAGUCGAAAAGCUUCGAGGAAAGGAAGGGAAGAAGGUGGAGAGUGCUUCAGGGGACACUACAUUUCAAGCUUUAAAGACCUACGGUCGGGAUCUUGUAGAGCAGGCAGGCAAACUUGAUCCGGUUAUUGGUCGAGACGAGGAAAUCCGAAGGGUUGUCCGAAUCCUCUCGAGGAGAACGAAGAACAACCCGGUUCUCAUUGGGGAACCCGGUGUAGGUAAAACUGCAGUCGUAGAGGGUUUGGCUCAAAGAAUUGUGAGAGGGGAUGUCCCUAGUAAUCUCAGCGAUGUGAGAGUUAUUGCGUUGGAUAUGGGUGCAUUGGUUGCCGGAGCAAAGUAUCGAGGUGAAUUCGAGGAAAGAUUGAAGGCUGUGUUGAAAGAAGUGGAGGAAGCCGAAGGAAAAGUGAUUCUCUUCAUUGAUGAAAUCCAUUUAGUACUUGGUGCCGGUCGAACCGAGGGUUCCAUGGAUGCGGCUAACCUCUUUAAGCCUAUGCUUGCUCGGGGUCAACUCCGAUGCAUUGGUGCCACAACACUUGAGGAAUAUAGGAAGUAUGUUGAAAAGGAUGCCGCAUUUGAACGAAGGUUUCAACAGGUUUAUGUAGCUGAGCCGAGUGUUGCAGAUACGGUCAACAUCCUUCGAGGGCUGAAAGAAAGAUACGAGGGUCACCAUGGUGUUCGGAUUCAAGACCGAGCGCUAGUGGUGGCAGCGCAGUUGUCAAGUCGCUACAUUACUGGACGCCAUCUUCCGGACAAGGCUAUCGACUUAGUCGAUGAAGCUUGUGCAAAUGUGAGAGUUCAGCUAGACAGUCAGCCCGAAGAGAUAGAUAAUCUUGAAAGGAAACGGAUGCAAUUAGAAGUCGAGCUGCAUGCCUUGGAGAAGGAGAAGGAUAAGACGAGCAAAGCUCGACUGGUCGAAGUUCGGAAAGAGCUUGAUGACUUGCGGGACAAGCUUCAGCCAUUGAUGAUGAAAUACAGGAAGGAGAAGCAAAGGGUUGAUGAGAUCAGGCGACUGAAACAGAAACGAGAAGAGCUCAUGUUCGCAUUACAGGAGGCUGAAAGACGAUAUGAUCUGGCGAGAGCUGCAGAUUUGAGAUAUGGAGCGAUUCAGGAAGUUGAAUCUGCAAUAGCGCAGCUCGAAGGGAACUCAGAUAACACAGAUGAGAAUGUAAUGUUAACAGAAACGGUUAGACCCGAACAUAUUGCAGAGGUUGUAAGCCGCUGGACCGGUAUUCCUGUCACGAGGCUCGGACAGAAUGAGAAAGAGAGGCUGAUUGGGCUUGCUGAAAGGCUGCAUCAAAGAGUGGUGGGCCAAAACCAAGCAGUUGAUGCUGUUGCAGAGGCUGUUUUGAGGUCAAGAGCCGGACUAGGACGACCUCAGCAACCUACGGGCUCGUUCCUUUUCUUGGGUCCAACUGGUGUCGGAAAGACGGAGCUUGCUAAGGCACUAGCAGAACAACUCUUUGAUGAUGAGAACCAGCUGAUCAGGAUUGACAUGUCUGAGUAUAUGGAGCAACACUCGGUUGCUCGACUUAUCGGUGCACCACCGGGGUACGUUGGACACGAGGAAGGUGGUCAACUUACUGAGGCUGUAAGGCGGAGGCCGUACAGUGUUGUGCUCUUCGAUGAAGUCGAGAAGGCACAUAUCUCCGUCUUCAACACUUUACUCCAAGUCCUAGAUGAUGGUCGAUUAACCGAUGGUCAAGGCCGCACUGUAGACUUCAGAAACACAGUGAUCAUCAUGACAUCGAACCUCGGAGCGGAACAUCUUCUCUCGGGGCUUAGCGGAAAAUGUACUAUGCAGGUUGCACGCGACCGAGUAAUGCAAGAGGUUCGAAAACACUUUAGGCCGGAGUUGCUGAACAGACUGGACGAGAUAGUAGUCUUCGAUCCACUGUCGCAUGACCAAUUGAGGAAAGUUGCUAGGCUGCAAAUGAAGGAUGUUGCAAGCCGACUUGCCGAGAGAGGUAUUGCAUUGGCUGUAACAGAUGCAGCUCUGGACUAUAUAUUAUCUGAGAGUUAUGAUCCGGUAUAUGGUGCAAGACCCAUAAGGAGAUGGCUGGAGAAGAGGGUGGUAACGGAGCUGUCGAGGAUGUUGGUUAGAGAGGAAAUUGACGAGAACUCCACGGUUUACAUUGAUGCCGGUACCCAAGGGAACGACUUGGUGUAUCGUGUGGAGAGAAAUGGAGGGUUGGUUAACGCUGCCACCGGCCAAAAAUCUGAGGUGUUGAUCCAAAUUCCUAACGGGCCAACAAGAGACGCCGCAGCCCAGGCGGUGAAGAAGAUGAAGGUUGAAGAGAUGGAUGAUGAUGAUGAAGCUGAUGGGAUGGACAUGUAAAGCAUGAAGUGUGUUUGCAUUUUGUCUUUUUGUUUUGUGUUCAAAUCAAAGUGUAUUUUCUCCCUUUUGGGUUUUUUUAUUUUAAGAUGUUAUAAAGUUGAGGGUUCAUUGUAGAACCCUUUCGAGUUU